AUGAGCAGGAAUCAAGAUGUGUUUCCCGUUUUGGAUCUACAGGAAUUGGUUAUAUGUUUACAAAGCUGCGAUUUUGCCCUAGCUACGCAGGAAAAUAUCUCUAGGCCCACUUCAGACUACAUGGUAACGCUUUACAAACAAAUCAUCGAGAACUUCAUGGGUAUUUCUGUAGAGUCGUUGCUGAAUAGUAGUAACCAAGAAACAGGUGAUAGCCACUUACAAGAGGAAAACGAGAACAUUUAUUCCGACACGUUAAAUGUUCUAGUAUUGAACAAAAUUUGCUAUAAGUUCUUCGAGAGCAUAGGUGUCCAAGAUUUCAAUAUGACGGAUUUAUACAAGCCGGAAGCCCAACGGACACAGCGUUUAUUAAGUGCUGUGGUGAAUUACGCUCGUUUCAGAGAGGAGCGGAUGUUCGAUUGUAAUUCUUUUAUUCUUCAAAUGGAAUCAUUAUUGGGGCAGCUUCGGUCUAAAUUCGAUGAUUAUAACUUAAUUCAACAACAGUUAAAGCAGUAUGAGGACGUGGAUGGGGAUAAUAUACCUGAUGAGCGGGAGCUGCAAAAAUUGGAAGAACAGAAUAAAGAGCUGGAAAUUCAGUUGAAAAAAUUGACGAAGAUCCAAGAAACUUUAUCUAUAGAUUAUAAUGACUACAAAAUCUCCAAGCAGUCAAUCUUCAAAGAUUUGGAAGCCUUGAGUUUCCAAAUAGUGGAAUUAGAGUCUAACCGAGAUAAGCUGAUCAAAAUAUCCAAUACAGACAUGGAAGAGUUAUCUGAGGGGAUUAAAGAGUUAAAUGAUCUGUUGAUACAAAGGAAAAAGACUUUAGACAAUUUGGCCGCACAACAGAAAAAUUUGCAAGGUACAGUGACAACGUUUGAAACUAUAAUUAGCGAACUUUAUGAUGUGCUGAGAAUAAUUUCAAGCGAGGUACAAGAAUCUAAUCGAACUGAAACGGAACUGGUAGGAUUAAAGCAGAAUUUAAUUAACAAUAAGUUGAAAUUGAUGAAUGUAUUGGAAACAGGUAUUCUGUACAAAUUAGAAAUCUUGCAAGAACAGUUAGAUUUGCAACUAAAAAAUUUGGAAAAGCUAUCACAAGACACUAAAGAAAAAUCGCGCCUAAAUGAUUCUAAAUUGAUGGAUCUACAAAUUAAAUAUGAAAAUGAAAUCAAACCCAAGAUUGACAAAACGGACAUUUUCAUUCAAGACGAGCUGAUCAGUGGUAAAAUCAAUAAGUUAAAUGAUGAAAUUAAACAAUUACAAAAAGAUUUCGAAGUUGAAGUUAAAGAAAUUGAGAUCGAAUAUUCUUUAUUAUCUGGUCAUAUUAAUAAAUACAUGAAUGAAAUGCUCGAAUAUAUGCAAUAG